AUGGUAGACACGGGGUCACUCUACUCAGUCGUGCCAGGGUCAAUCUUGGACGAAUUGGGCAUAGCCCGCGACGAAGAGGAAACUUUCAGCUUGGCCGACGGCUCCCUGGUGGAGAUGGACAUAGGAUUGGCCUUGAUGACAUUGGAAGGCCGAUCCAGGACCGUUCAUGUGGCUUUUGGCACCGACGACGAGAUAAUUCUGAUCGGUGCAAUGACCUUGGAGCGUUUCGGGGCCGCGGCAGACCCGGUGAAUCAACGAUUGGUGCCAGCCAGGAUAACUCUCAACCACCGGGCCAAGAACUCUGCCGAUCUGGCCAUUACCGCGGACGCCAUUGCCGAUCUCAUCACCGGCCAGGCCGGUACGGUCGCAGUGGCGAGCAACGACAGCGACUUUGGCGCGCUCUUCGUCAAGGUUCCCGUAUCUCUGGUACCGGAGGUGGCCGCGCCCCCGCCGCCGCGCAGUCUGCCCCAAGCGGCCCGGCCCGCCCUGCAGUCUGCGGCCUCCCAGACGCCGGUCAGCGAUGAAGCAGUCGCGGAAGAAUUGCUGCGGCAGCUACCCGUGGGGCGUUUCCGCGCCGGCGACGCCCAGCAGGUGGUCAGUCGGCGCUGGCCGGAGCAUCCGGCCGCCGGCGAAGCUUCCCGGUUCGGGCUGUUCCUGCUCAACCGGAUCUGGCCUCUGCUGGAAAAACGCGGCGUCACGAUGCCUCGCCAGGGCUCGCCUCGCACCUACGAAAUUACACCGGGGUCCCCGGGCGCCGUGGCGAAGCAGGUGCCCCGGCAAGAAACCAAGCCAGCCAUGACGGCAUCGCCGGAACCCACGCCCGAGCCCAGCCUUGCCCAGUUGGCCGCCACCGUCGCCGCCGGCAUCACCGACGACGUGUUCAAGGCAUCCGAUGCCCAGGCCGCCCUGAAAGGCCGGACACCCCCGCAUCCUGCCGCGUCCUUCACGGCGGCGCAAUUCGGGAUCUGGUUCGCCAAGCAACUCUGGCCCAUCAUGGAGGAACACGGCGUCACCAUCGCCAAGGAAAAACCGCGCCGCUAUGAAAUGACCCCCGACGCGCGCCACAACCUGAUCGCCCUUGCCUGA